AUGGAGACCGGCGUCGGCCCACAUCCGCUGCGCCUGUUCAUCUGCCUGAUGCCGCUCUGUCUCGCCUUGCUUUUGGGACCAGGGAGGCCCGGGACCGCCGAGGAAGUCAUCCUCCUGGAUUCCAAAGCCUCCCAGGCUGAGCUGGGCUGGACUGCACUGCCGAGUAAUGGGUGGGAGGAGAUCAGCGGCGUGGACGAGCACGACCGUCCCAUCCGCACCUACCAGGUGUGCAACGUGCUGGAGCCCAACCAGGACAACUGGUUGCAGACUGGCUGGAUCAGCCGCGGCCGCGGGCAGCGCAUCUUCGUGGAGCUGCAGUUCACACUGCGCGACUGCAGCAGCAUCCCUGGAGCCGCCGGCACCUGCAAGGAGACUUUCAACGUCUACUAUCUGGAAACCGAGGCCGAUCUGGGCCGUGGGCAUCCCCGCCCAGGCGGCAGCCGGCCCCGCAAGAUCGACACGAUCGCGGCGGACGAGAGCUUCACGCAAGGCGACCUGGGCGAGCGCAAGAUGAAGCUGAACACAGAGGUGCGAGAGAUCGGUCCGCUCAGCCGGCGGGGUUUCCACCUGGCCUUCCAGGACGUGGGCGCAUGCGUGGCGCUGGUCUCUGUGCGCGUCUACUACAAGCAGUGCCGCGCCACAGUGCGGGGUCUGGCGGCGUUCCCAGCCACCGCAGCCGAGAGCGCCUUCUCCACGCUGGUGGAGGUGACCGGAACGUGCGUGGCGCACUCAGAAGGGGAGCCCGGCAGCCCCCCGCGCAUGCACUGCGGCGCCGAUGGCGAGUGGCUGGUGCCCGUGGGCCGCUGCAGCUGCAGUGCGGGAUUCCAGGAACGUGGUGACAUCUGUGAAGCCUGUCCCCCAGGGUUUUACAAGGUGUCCCCGCGGCGGCCCCUCUGCUCGCCGUGCCCGGAGCACAGCCGGGCCCUGGAAAACGCGUCCACGUUCUGCGUGUGCCAGGACAGCUAUGCGCGCUCGCCCAGCGACCCGCCCUCGGCGUCCUGCACCCGGCCGCCGUCGGCGCCGCGGGACCUGCAGUACAGCUUGAGCCGCUCGCCGUUGGCGCUGCGGCUGCGCUGGCUGCCUCCGGCCGACUCCGGCGGCCGCUCGGACGUCACCUACUCGCUGCUGUGCCUGCGCUGCGGCCGCGAGGGCCCGGCGGGCGCGUGCGAGCCGUGCGGGCCGCGCGUGGCCUUCGUGCCGCGCCAGGCGGGGCUGCGGGAGCGCGCCGCCACGCUGCUGCACCUGCGGCCCGGCGCGCGCUACACCGUGCGCGUAGCCGCGCUCAACGGAGUGUCGGGCCCGGAGGCCGCCGCGGGAGCCACCUACGCGCAGGUCACCGUCUCCACCGGCGCCGGGGCACCAUGGGAGGAGGAUGAGAUCCGCAGGGACCGAGUGGAGCCCCAGAGUGUGUCCCUGUCAUGGCGGGAGCCCAUCCCCGCUGGAGCCCCUGGGGCCAACGGCACGGAGUAUGAGAUCAGAUACUAUGAGAAGGGUCAGAGUGAGCAGACUUACUCCACGGUGAAGACAGGGGAGCCUGCGGUCACCGUCACCAACCUCAAGCCGGCUACCCGCUACGUCUUUCAGAUCCGGGCGGCUUCCCCGGGGCCCUCCUGGGAGACCCAGAGCUUCAACCCCAGCAUUGAAGUGCAGACCCCGGGGGAGGCUGCCUCGGGGUCCAAGGACCAGAGCCCCGCAGUCGUCGUCACCAUUGUGACCAUCUCAGCCCUCCUCGUCCUGGGCUCUGUGAUGAGCGUGCUGGCCAUUUGGAGGAGGACCUGCAGCUAUGGCAAAGGAGGUCGGGAUUCCCAUGAUGAGGAGGAGCUGUAUUUCCACUUCAAAGUCCCAACUCGCCGCACAUUCGUGGAUCCCCAGAGCUGUGGGGACCCGCUGCUGGCUGUUCAUCUGUUUGCCAAGGAGCUGGAUGCAAAAAGCGUCACACUGGAGAGGAGCCUUGGAACAGGGCGGUUUGGGGAGCUGUGCUUCGGCUGCCUGCAGCUUCCGGGCCGCCAGGAGCUCCCCGUGGCCGUGCACACGCUGAGGGAGGGCUGCUCCGACUUGCAGAGGCUCAGCUUCCUGGCCGAGGCCCUCACCUUGGGCCAGUUCGACCACAGCCAUGUGGUGCGGCUGGAGGGCGUCGUCACCCGAGGAAGCACCUUGAUGAUCGUCACUGAGUACAUGAGCCAUGGGGCCCUGGACGGCUUCCUCAGGCGGCAUGAGGGCCAGCUGGUGGCUGUGCAGCUGAUGGGGCUGCUGCCCGGCCUGGCCUCGGCCAUGAAGUACCUGUCGGAAAUGGGCUACGUCCACCGGGGCCUGGCAGCCCGCCGGGUGCUGGUCAGCGGCAACCUCAUCUGCAAGAUCUCCGGCUUUGGGCGGGGACCUCGGGACAGAGCAGAGGCUGUCUACACCACCAUGAGCGGCCGGAGCCCGGCACUGUGGGCCGCCCCCGAGACGCUUCAGUUUGGCCACUUCAGCUCCGCCAGUGACGUUUGGAGCUUCGGUGUCGUCAUGUGGGAGGUGAUGGCCUUUGGGGAGCGGCCCUACUGGGACAUGUCUGGCCAAGACGUGAUCAAAGCCGUGGAGGAUGGCUUCCGGCUGCCGCCCCCCAGGCACUGCCCCUCCCCCCUGCACCGACUGAUGCUUGACUGCUGGCAGAAGGACCCAGGUGAGCGGCCCAGGUUCUGCCAGAUCCAUGGCCUCCUGAGCAAGAUGGUGCAGGAUCCAGAACCCCCGAAGUGUGCCGACACUACCUGUGCCAGGCCUCCCACGCCCCUGGCGGACCGUGCCUUCUCCACCUUCCCCUCCUUUGGCUCCGUGGGCGCGUGGCUGGAGGCCCUGGACCUGGGCCGCUACAAGGACAGCUUCGCUGCCGCCGGCUAUGGGAGCCUGGAGGCUGUGGCCACCAUGACUGCCCAGGACCUGGUGAGCCUGGGCAUCUCAUCGGUGGAGCACCGGGAGGACCUCCUCAGCGGGAUCAGUGCCCUGCGGGCCCGGGUGCUCCAGCUGCAGGGCCGGGGGGUGCAGGUGUGA